AUGUCCGGUUCCCAGGCUCCGCCACGCCCAGGCUGGCCAAAGCAGACAAGCUCGCUCGCUCUCGCACCGUACAUGCCACACACACGCACCACCAGAACUCCAGCCAACAUCACAGCGGAAAGGCCUUGGGCAGCCCACACCUCCCCGACAGUGAAGGCCAACCGACGCAAGCCGGCGCGGCCAUUCUUCAACCCGGGCGCAGGCUCAACAGCGGCGGCGCUUCUCCACAACCCCCGCAAAAUCACCUUGUCGAAGGGCACCCAGAAACAACUGGAGAAGACUAUACGAGCCGGAUGGGCGCCAAACACCCUGAAAGGCUAUGGCACGGUAGUUGAGAAGUUCACCCAGUUUUGCAUUGCGGAACGCAUCCCCGUAGUUGACCGGUUCCCAGCGCAGGAAGUAGUACUAUGCGCAUUCGUAGCCACCGGCUCCGGCCAGGUCGCUGGGAGCACCGCUCGGAACUGGGUUGCGGCGCUGAAGGCGUGGCAUAUAGCCCAGAAUGCCCCAUGGCUCGGAGGAACACGCCUCCAGUACGCAGUGAAGGGCGUCGAAAAUCUCAGACCGAAACACUCACGCAAACCCGCACGCGCCCCAGUGACCCGCGACAUGCUACGCUGCCUCCACAGGGCACUCGACUUCAACUCCACAUUCGAUUCGGCCGUCUACGCCGCCGCCUGCACGAUGCUCUGGGGGCAACUCCGAGCCGGGGAAGUACUCCCCGCAUCCCAAAACGCGAACCCGACCCGAAUACCGAGGCGAGCGGAUUUCCGCAACCCCGCCCCCCUCUCGUGGACGUACACGCUAUCGCUACCGUCGACCAAGACGUGUUACAGCCGAGGGGAGGUGGUCUUCCUCCACCAUCAACGCGGAUCCACAGAUCCGGUCUACGCGCUGCAGUACCACCUUCAAACAAGUCGCCUCCCGAAAGACACCUCGCUGUUCGCAUACGCGCACCCGCAAGGCCAGAAACUACUCACGAAGACGGCCUUCCUGGCGCGCUGCAACUCGGUCUGGUCGCGGAACCGUUACCCGCGCAUCACCGGCCACUGCUUCCGGAUCGGGGGGACGACAGAGCUCCUACUGGCCGGCGUCCCGCCGCACGUCGUCAAAACGGCGGGCCGGUGGUCAUCAGAUGCGUUCCUGCGGUAUUGGAGGUCCGUGGAGGACAUUCUCCCCCGACACUUACACCGCAUCCAGCCCUUCAAGCGCAGCUAA